CUGCGGGCCGAAAUUAAAUCCACCAAGGGCCUGAUUUGGCCCCCUGGCCUUGAGUUUGACACGUGUGCUUUAAAGCCACUAGACCUGUUUUUCUCUUACUCACCGCCAAUUAACAACAUUCUCUCCAUCUUAAUGCUCAUACAUGUUUGUCCAUGUUUAAAACCCCCGUCUGUCUCCCAGGUGUGAACGGGCCCCCGGGGUCCCCCCCCCCUCUCCUCCUCUUCCUCCAGGCCCUCCUGAUGACGACCUCGCCCGGCCAAUGGCUGCCGGCUGCUCUCUCCCUGCAGCUCGUCCUCUGCGCCCUGCAGCACGGCAACACGCAGCUCGUCACCCACAGCAUCAACAACAACAGACUGACUUUCUCUGAGGAUCUGGGCGACGUCCUGACUGAGCACGCUAAGAAGAACCCAGGCGUGGCCAAUGUUUGUCUGGCGUUGGCGACUGAUGUCUACACCGCCUGCAGACUGCACAGGAAGACCGCACUGAGCAUGUGCAGCAGAGGCCUGAUCAACAGCGCCGCAGACUUCAUGAACCACUGCGAGGACCUCACAGCAGAGGACUGUUUGUGGGUUCUGAAUCUCUCGCCCAGCCUCGUCCUCCUCGAGCUGUUGACGGCGCCUCAGCAGGGUCGGGCGGCCAUCUUGUCGCUGGGCGUGUCCUGUUCUUCUCUGCUGGACGACCCUCAGCGGCAGCAGCUCGCUCUGCAGCUCCUGGACAGCUGUGUAAGCAGAGGACAAGGUGAACUAACACCACUCUGACUGCAGGUUCACUCUGAAAGCUGCUUCUGUUCUGUGCCAUGUCAGCUACGUGAUGCCACUGGGCCCAAAGAGUUUCCUAUCUUUUUCUGUCUCUCACCUGUCUGUCUCUCACCUGUCCGUCUCUCACCUCUCUCAAUCUCUACCUGUCUGUCUCUCACCUGUCUCAAUCUCUACCUGUCUGUCUCUCAGGACUAAUGGUGUGUCCUCCUGGUUGUUGUCUCUCGCCUGUCUGUCUCUA